CCAGAUCCCAAAUUUGAAAUCGCCCAACGUCUCCAGACUCCUCCUCUCCGCUCCCCAUUUCAAAACCCCCAAUCUCGUCCUCUCCCCACCCCCACCCACCGCCGCCGGCCCGCCGCGCCGCCGCUCUGCCCAGAUCCCGCCCGCCGCAAGCCCAUCCCUGCCUCCGUCGCAGCCGCAGCGGUACCCGCAGCCGCAGCCGCGAUGCUGUCGGACGGCGGCGACGACGACAGCUCCGCCCCCGCGCGGUUCGAGCUGCAGGAGGACCCCUCCUUCUGGAAGGACAACAACGUGCAGGUCGUGAUUCGUGUCCGGCCGCUCAGCAGCAGCGAGAUAUCGGUGCAGGGGGACAAGAGGUGCGUCAGGCAGGACAGCGGCCAGAGCAUCACCUGGACCUGCCACCCGGAGUCCCGGUUCACCUUUGAUCUAGUCGCCGAUGAGCACAUCACGCAGGAGAGUCUUUUCAAGGUUGCUGGGGUGCCCAUGGUGGAGAACUGCAUGGCUGGCUAUAACAGCUGCAUGUUUGCCUAUGGGCAGACCGGUAGUGGCAAGACCCACACGAUGCUUGGGGACAUAGAAAAUGGCACACGGGGAAACAAUGAGAACUGUGGUAUGACGCCUCGAGUGUUUGAGCAUCUCUUCCUAAGAAUCCAGAAGGAAAAGGAAAUACGAAGAGAUGAAAAGCUCAGUUUUACUUGCAAGUGCUCAUUCCUGGAGAUAUAUAAUGAGCAGAUUCUGGAUUUGCUCAAUCCAAAUGCAACAAACUUACAGUUAAGGGAGGAUGCGAAAAGGGGUAUGCAUGUUGAGAAUCUGACUGAACAUGAGGUUUCUAAUGCCCGAGAAGCACUGCAACAACUUAUCGAGGGGGCAGCAAACAGAAAGGUGGCAUCUACCAAUAUGAACCGAGCAAGUAGCCGUUCUCAUAGUGUAUUCACUUGUCUUAUAGAGAGCAAGUGGGAAUCUCAAGGUAUCAAGCAUCAUCGAUUUUCUCAUCUUAACCUUGUUGACCUUGCUGGCUCAGAGAGGCAAAAGAGUUCAGGUGCAGAAGGGGAACGCUUGAAGGAAGCUUCGAACAUCAACAAGUCACUCUCAACCUUAGGACAUGUUAUUACCAGCCUUAUUGCUGUGUCAAACAAAAAGUCACAGCAUGUUCCCUACCGAGAUUCAAAAUUGACAUUUCUGCUGCAGGACUCACUUGGAGGUAACUCCAAGACCACUAUAAUUGCAAAUAUAAGCCCAUCUAGCUGCUGUGCAGCUGAGACAUUGAGCACAUUAAAAUUCGCGCAACGGGCUAAGCACAUACGGAAUAAUGCUAUUAUAAAUGAGGAUGCCUCUGGUGAUGUGCUGAGCAUGCGUUUAGAGAUCCAACAUCUCAAGAAAGAGCUUAGUCGCCUGCAAGGACAAUCUGGAUUUACUAACAAUGGAUUUGUCUGCGAGUCCCCUAGCGCAUUCAAAUGGGAUCAAGCUAAUGGCACAUUCAGUCCACUUAUGUUUGAUAAGAGAGCUACACAGAGGAGAGAUUAUGAUAUUACACUUGCCGCUGCAUUUAGGAGGGAGCAGGAAAAAGAAGCAAAGCUAAAGGCAGCAAUUGCUGCAAAGCAGAUUGCCGAAGAGCUGGUGACUCAAAGAUCAGAAGAGGUGAGAAGUUUCAGGAUGAGGCUUCGCUUUCGUGAAGAUCGAAUCAAGAGAUUGGAGCAAGUUGCAUCGGGGAAGUUAUCCGCUGAAGCACAUCUCUUGCAAGAAAAGGAAGACCUCAUGAAGGAAAUUGAAGCUCUACGGAACCAACUAGAACGAAAUCCAGAAAUUACAAGAUUUGCUAUGGAAAAUCUACAACUGAAGGAGGAGAUUCGAAGGUUGCAGUCAUUUGUUGAUGAAGGAGAAUUGGAAAGAAUGCAUCAGCAGAUAAAUGUUUUAGAACAUCAGCUCCUAGAAGCACUUGACUGGAAACUUAUGAAUGAGAAGGAUCCUGUUAACAAGGACCUCUCACUAUUUGGGGAGGAAGCUGGUGAUGAGAAAAACGAGUUUCUUCUUGUGCAGGCUAUCCAAAAUGAGAGAGAAAUCGAGUCACUACGUAAAAAUUUGAGCGUCUGUCUUCAAGCAAAAGAGAAACUCGAGAGGCGUGUUGAUGAUUUGACUGUGGAGUUGGAGGUAGCGAAGAAAUGCGACCAUGAGAACAAAGAAUUUAAGGCUGCACAGCACCAGGAACAGUCCGUCUUGCUUGAUGCUCAGACAGAACUUAAGACAUUGGUAGAUGCAAUAGCAACUGCAAGUCAAAGAGAAGCAGAAGCUCAUGAAACUGCAAUUGGGUUGGCCAAAGAGAAUGAGAAAUUGAGAACAGAGCUUACGACCCUGAUCGAGGAUAACAAGAGACUGGUUGAUCUCUAUGAACAGGCUAUUGUCAACAUUGAGGUGAAACAACAUGGAAAUUAUCCUUCCAUUCCUCAAACUGAAGAUUCGAAUGAGCAGCAGAGCAGCCAUCCUUCUAAUGGAGGGAAUAGCCUGCUGGAUGACCAACCAGAGGGUGCAUAUGGUUCACGUAGUGAUGCUGUAGAAGAGCCUAUGAUAGUGGAUGAAAACUGCAGCCACAAGGAUGACCCUUCGAGAUCUGAAUUUUCAGAACUGCAGCUUCAACUGGAAGAGAUGCAUGAAGAAAAUGAUAAACUUAUGAGUUUGUAUGAGAAAGCAAUGCAAGAAAGGGAUGAAUUUAAAAGGAAAUUUUCUGAGCAAAGCAAUCAUGAAACCACAGAAGACGUUCAGUUCAGAGAUGCUGAAAUGGAUGAAGCAAUGGAUACCAUGCAAAGCAAUCCUGAAACUACAGAAGACAUUCAGUUCAGAGAUGCUGAAAUGGAUAGUAUGCUAAGCAAUCUUGAAAGUUCAGAAGACAUUCAGUUCAGAGAUGCUGAAACCGAUGCUGAGGGUUUCCAAGGAGAGCAUGUACAUGACUCUCCAAUUGUAGCUUUCAAAGAAGCGAUGCAGCUUGUCCGUGUCAAGCUGGAGCAUGUCCAAGACAAGCUUGUGACUGCCCAGGAUGCAGUGCAAUAUUUCAAGCUACUUGAAAUGGCUAGCACCAAGGCAGAAGAACUUUCAUCAAGCAUUCAGCUCUGCUGUCUAGAUGUCCAGAAAGAGCAGGAAGACAUCAACGCCCUCAAGUCCGCACUGUCAAUAUCACACGAGAGAGAAAACGCUUUGGAAGGCAAGUUUUUCUCGCCUGUGGCAUCAUGCCAGGACUUGCAUUUGAAAACCGAAGCCCUUGCCGGGUCCAAGUUUGGCGUCAAUGUUCAAUCAAUGAAUAAAAAGAUGGAGCAGUUGAGUAGGUUGAGAACUCGCAAAACCGAGAUUUCCGCUGCACGUGCAGAGGCACGCAGGUCUGAAACCGAGCUGAGAAACAAAAUCGAUGGCCUUAAACAGAAAUACCGUUCCUUCGAGGCCCAAAGGAAGGAGACAGAAAGGGUUCUCUUCGCCAUCGACAACCUGGAGUGCCCCGCGACUCCGUUGCAGAAGCCCAUGAAUUUCGGCAAGGCGUCGGAGCUGCUGAAGUCCGAGGAGGAGAGGACAAAGCUCUUGUCUGAACUGAAGAAGUUCCGCGAGCAGCUUAGCGUGGUGCAGAAGGAGAUCAAGAGCAUGAGGAACUGCGACGACAUCGACGGUGAGAUGUCGCGCCUUGAAUCGGAGAUGGAGGGCUGCUUCCUCUCCCUGCUGGAAGCCGAGACCGAGAAGUUUGUGCGGGAUCACACCUUGGCCGAAGUCUGGGAGGUUCAGCAGAAGGACUUGCCGAGCCUACUGGUCGACUACCAGGACAGCGUUUUCCAUGUGAAGCUGGAGGAGGAGCAGAUCAGGGUGUGCGAGGCGUCGUUGCAGCACCAGACGACGUCCCUGGACGAGAUGAACUCGAAGCUGAGCCAGGCGAUGCGGGACCUCGGCGAGCUUCUGGUUGCCAGAGGUUUGGACGCCUCCACGCCGCACGUCUCCGACAAGGUGAAGGGGGACCUCGACGCCAUCGAGGCCCAUGUCGCCGAGGCCAGGCAGCUCUUGCUCGUCGACAACCAAUAAGAUUUGCUGCGAACCAAAGCAAACCGGUUCUCGCCAUUGACAGACAGGCUGGUCUGUCUCCGCCUUCAUUUUGUACAAAUUCUUUGUAACGGAACGUUGGUUCUCUCGGGUGCUGUUAUCUGUGAUUCGAUUCUGUAGUUUGGAUGGAUGGGUGGAUGUAGGUCCUGAAGUGGACUGUAAUAACUGUUCUGCGCGGCCUCUUGUUCUGUUCUCUGGUGGUCUGGCAUCGAAGCUUCUUCCAGAAGGCCGUUGCUAAGCUAUGCAACUAUAGAUUCACCUCCUUCUGGUAUGCACUUGGCCGUGCAAGACAGCAAUGAUUGGACAAUGUCGAUUUCAAGAGGGCUUGACUAUUUUGUUGUUUAUCA